CUUUAAUUCAUUCAUCACCUCAAUUCAUCAUAAAGGGCAGAAGAGAAGAGUUUGAAGUUUGAAGUUUGGCUAUGGUUUACGAACCAACUGGACCGAAGCAAAUUGAACCAAAAGUGAUGCACACAUAAACGGGAUAAACCUGUUGUGUCUCAAUGGGUUUUGAGUUUUAAGAGAGACUAAGUACUGUAUACAUGUUGCAUUUUGUAUUGCUAUCAACUAUACUUAAACUUAAGUAAAGCUUGUCUUUAUCAUUGUCUGUCCUCCUUUGUAAAGUCCGUUCGUGUGCUUUUAUCUGGUCAUCUGGUGCUCAUGGUCGGCAUAACCUCUCUCCAAUAUGAUUUAAAGCUUUGUUCAAAAGUUGUUUUUUUUCACCCUCUGAAGUGAAUUGGUAGGAGCCGGAAAAAUUCAGUCUCAUAAUUUUCAGCACGGGACCUGCUGAUAAAAAAAAAAAAAAAUAAAAUAAAAGAAAUGGCUAGCCAUCGACCAGGGUCGAUUCACACUAGUGGCCGAAUUGGCCGUCCGUUCCGGGUAGAGUACAUCAACCGGUCUGGGGAACAAGUGAAUCCGCACACGGGCAAGCCAUACGCUCGUCCCAAUGGCAUUCAAAGCACAUCAGCCAAAAUCCGUGGCGUGAAGAAGAGCCUACCAAUAAAGCGAUCAGGAGUCUUGUUUGGCCGCCUAAAGUUGAUCCCGACGGACGCUAAUCUCGAUCCACCGCCGCGCGCCUGCUUCAACUGCUGGCAGCCAGGUCACAGGAGAUCCAAAUGUACCAGGCCAGUGCUCACCCGCUUCUGCAACAACUGCGGUCGCAGGAACGAGGACGUGCGUACCUGCCCGCGAUGUGCCGAUGCUCACAAGCUUUGGCUCGAGGUACAACGGGCAAAGGAACGCGGUGAAAAAAUCAACGAGCGGCUCUUGCUACCUACCAUUGAAAAUGAUGAUUACGACGUCGAGGAUGAUGACAAUAAUGUCAUGGCAGAAGAGGUGGAAGAAAUCAAUGAUCCCGACGCUAUUCUACAGGAACUCAUUUACCAGGAUCAGAGGACCCGCGAGCUCCUCGAAUACGAAGAAAGAAAGAGAGAACAGCGCGAGGCUCUCAAUGCCAUUUAUAGGAAUAGCAAGCGGCUCAGCGAAAAAGGUGCUGUAGCUGCUAGAUCGCCGUCUUACGUCAACGCACUUGUUUACAAAAAAAUACCCUCUUCAUCUGUUGCUGCGUACGUAAAUGAAGUGGACAAUGAAUAUCAGCUCCUCGAGCACGAUCCAUUGAUAGAUGGUGAUGUUCACGAUAACAAGCGUGGGUCGUCUUUUCUUGAUCAGCGCAAUCCUUCGCCGCAGGAACGCCAUAUUGGCAUGGCUGUUUUCAAUGAGCGUGAGGUGGUGAGCCCGACGCGUUAUUUAGGAUAUGCUGACCACGUCCUCAACAGGAAGGAAGAGAGAGCCGAAACCCCGGAGCCAGCGAGGACGGACGGCAACUGGCGCCAAGUCAUGGCUGACGCAAGUUUGGUAUCACCCGAUUCUGAUCCUGUGCAAGACAUCUUGCUGCUGGCCAAGACUAUUUCGCAUCUAUCGCCAGAGACGCAAGAUCUUGUCAUGCGUCAGGUGAUUGCCGAAAGGCAGGAACAGACGAAACGCAGGGCAGUUACUCAGGACAGACCAGGAAGUCGCUAUAUCGAGACAGUCAGGUUUUGACCAGUUUUUUUUUCAAAAAAGUAAAACUUUUUUUUUAUUUGGAAUCCAAGGAAGAGAGUGUGCAGUAGUUUAAGGUGUGUAAUAAAAGCAAGACUGAAUUUGCUUUUUAUAUAAGAUUAAAAUUACUACUAUUACUGUGACUUGUAGAUGUAUUUAAACAGAGGGUGUAUACAUACCUUUUCCAUAGCCAAGUAGUACCUUUUUUCUUUUUUAGAUUAACGAUAAAUCAUCUAUUUCUAUGAACCAUAUAAAUACCACCUAAAUUGAAAAUUGCUGAUUACAUUUAUUUGAAAAUAAACAUUCGAGCAACGCCUUUAAAUUCUCAUCCAUCAUCCUAAUUAUAUUACAGUUAAAUAUAUGUCUGUUUGCAUGAGGCUUAUAUAAGUUUAAAUUUAAAAUCUAGUGGUACUGGGUUCAAUCAAAAAAGGCUUGGAUACACUGAAUACAUGAAUAAAUAAAUUUUUUUGUAUUA